AUGGCAAAAGUCGACGAUUUCAACGAUAGACAAAACCAGAUUGACGCCGAGAACGAGCCAUAUCAUCAAUAUGAAUAUCAGACAGAGGAGAACGAGUCUUGGGCAGGAGCUCUGCCAGUGAAGCAAGGAUUAUACGAUCCUGGCUUGGAGAAAGAUGCGUGCGGUGUUGGCUUUGCUUGCCACAUAAAGGGCAAGGCGAGCCACAAGAUUGUUAGCGAUGCGCGGAACUUGCUGUGUAACAUGACCCAUCGCGGUGCGGUCGGGUCCGAUGCGCGAGACGGAGAUGGAGCGGGUGUUAUGACUUCAAUCCCCCACAAGUUCUUCAUCAAGAAUUUUGAACGCGAAACGGAUAUCAAGCUUCCACCUCUAGGGCAAUAUGCCGUGGGCAAUCUUUUCUUCAAGCCAGAUGAGGAGACUUUGCAUGAAUCAAAGAGACAAUUGGAAGAGAUCUCAGAGUCACUGGGGUUGAGAGUAUUGGGGUGGCGGGAGCCUCCUAAAGAUUCCACUCUCCUUGGUCCCGCGGCUGCUUCUCGUGAGCCAACUAUUCUGCAGCCAUUCGUUGUACUUGCUUCUGCAUAUGGUUCUGGCAACUCGCCCGAGAUCACAGACCCCAGUCUUUUUGAUGACAAACACUUCGAAAGACAGCUCUAUGUACUGCGAAAGCGUGCAACCCACACCAUUGGCUUGCACAACUGGUUCUACCUGUGCUCUCUGUCCAACAAGAACAUUGUGUACAAAGGCCAGCUUGCUCCCAUCCAAGUAUAUCAGUACUAUUAUGAUCUGGUCAACGCCGAUUACGAAGCCCAUUUCGCUCUCGUGCAUUCCCGUUUUUCUACCAACACCUUCCCUUCCUGGGAUCGUGCCCAACCCCUGAGAUGGGCAGCUCACAAUGGUGAAAUCAAUACUUUGCGAGGGAACAAGAACUGGAUGCGAGCUCGCGAGGGUGUCAUGCAGUCCGAUAUUUUUGGCGAAGAGCUUGAAUCGCUCUACCCAAUCGUUGAAGAUGGUGGCUCCGAUUCGGCCGCCUUCGACAAUGUCCUGGAACUGUUGACCAUCAAUGGUGUGUUGUCGCUCCCAGAGGCGGUCAUGCUUAUGGUGCCUGAAGCGUGGGAGGACAACCCCGCGAUGGAUCCUGCCAAGGCCGCCUUCUACGAGUGGGCAGCUUGUCAGAUGGAGCCUUGGGAUGGUCCAGCGCUCUUUACAUUCGCGGAUGGACGGUACUGCGGUGCCAACCUGGACCGAAACGGUCUCCGACCUUGCAGGUACUACGUUAUGGAUGAUGACAGAAUUAUUUGUGCAUCAGAAGUCGGGACUAUCCCCGUUGACCCCGAGCGUGUUAUCCUCAAGGGUCGCUUGCAACCGGGAAAGAUGUUGCUGGUCGAUACGCUUGCUGGUCGCAUCAUCGACGACAGUGAGCUGAAAAGCACGGUGUCUACUCGCCAGGACUUCAGAGCUUGGCUUCAGAAGGAGCUGUUAAGCUUGCCAAAGAUCCUUGAGGAUCUUCUCACUCAAGGAGCAGUCGAACUGGCCCCAAAGCCAGAUGCUUCUCAAAUCCAGGAGGACCCCAUGCUGAGAGCAUUCGGAUACUCUUUCGAACAAGUCAGUCUGCUUCUCGGUCCCAUGGCCACUGAUGAGAAGGAGGCUCUUGGAUCCAUGGGAAACGACGCUCCGCUGGCCUGCCUGGCUCAGGCUCCUCGUCUGCUGUAUGAAUACUUUAGACAGCUGUUCGCUCAAGUCACCAACCCUCCCAUCGACCCCAUCAGGGAAGCCAUCGUCAUGUCUCUGCAGUGCUACGUUGGACCUCAGGGCAACUUGCUCGAGAUGGAUUCUUCCCAGUGUGGUCGAUUGCUUCUCCCAACCCCAGUCCUCUCCAUCCCCGAGUUCAAUGCGUUGAAGAACAUCAACAGGAUGAAUUCUGCCUGGACUGUCAAGGUCAUUGAUUUGACAUUCCCCAAGUCAGAGGGUGUUCAAGGAUAUAUCAACCAUUUGGACGAGAUAUGCGACCAGGCAACUGCAGCCAUCAACAAUAAGGACCGCAUCAUCAUCCUAUCCGAUCGUGCCACUUCCGCAGACCGCGUUCCCGUAUCUGCUCUACUCGCAUCCGGUAUGGUCCACCACCACUUGGUUAACAACAAGUGGAGAUCGCUUGCUGCUGUCGUUGUCGAGACUGCCGAGGCCCGCGAAGUCCACCACAUGUGCGUGCUGCUCGGAUACGGCGCUGAUGCCAUCAACCCAUACCUCGCUAUGGAGUGCAUCAUCAAGCUGAACCGAGAGGGUCUUAUCCGAAAGAAGCUCACCGACGAUGAGCUCAUCCGCAACUACAAGUAUUCCGCGGAUGGAGGUAUCUUGAAGGUGAUGAGCAAGAUGGGUAUCUCCACCCUGGCCAGUUACAAGGGUGCUCAGAUCUUCGAGGCACUUGGUGUUGAUGACACGGUUGUAGAUCGCUGCUUCAAGGGAACCGCCACCAGAAUCAAGGGCAUCACUUUCGAGCUGAUCGCAGAGGAUGCUUUCAGAUUCCACGAGAAGGGUUUCCCAUCCCGAUAUACCGUCUCUGUUCCAGGUCUUGUCGAGUCUGGCGAGUACCAUUGGCGUGACGGCGGAGAGCCCCACAUCAAUGAUCCGACAUCGAUUGCCAACAUCCAGGAUGCGGUCCGUACCAAGAACGACAAGUCGUACGAGGCUUAUUCUCGCUCCGAGUACGAGCAAAUCAAGUCUUGCACCCUUCGAGGUCUUCUAGAUUUCAAGUUUGAUGAGUGCUCUCCGGUGCCCAUCGACCAAGUUGAGCCAUGGACCGAGAUUGUCCGCCGCUUCUGUACGGGAGCCAUGUCCUAUGGUUCUAUUUCUAUGGAAUCCCAUUCUACUCUUGCUGUGGCAAUGAACCGACUUGGUGGAAAAUCCAACACCGGAGAAGGAGGAGAAGACCCUGAGCGAUCCGAGAGAAUGGCGAACGGCGAUACCAUGCGUUCUGCCAUCAAACAGGUUGCAUCCGGCCGCUUCGGUGUCACUUCCAACUACCUCGCCGACUCUGAUGAGCUCCAGAUUAAGAUGGCACAAGGCGCUAAGCCUGGAGAAGGUGGUGAGCUACCCGGCCAUAAGGUUUCGAAGUCCAUUGCCCGCACGCGUCACUCUACCCCUGGUGUUGGUCUCAUUUCCCCACCACCCCACCACGACAUCUACAGUAUCGAAGAUUUGAAGCAACUCAUCUACGAUCUCAAGUGCUCUAACCCUCGUGCCCGAGUAUCUGUCAAGCUUGUCUCCGAGACGGGUGUUGGAAUCGUCGCUUCGGGUGUCGCCAAGGCCAAGGCCGACCACAUCUUGAUUUCGGGUCAUGAUGGUGGAACUGGUGCUUCCCGAUGGACCGGUAUUAAAUAUGCCGGUCUUCCUUGGGAGCUUGGUCUUGCCGAGACCCAUCAGACUCUGGUUCUGAACGAUCUCCGUGGUCGUGUCGUUGUCCAGACUGAUGGUCAACUCCGAACCGGACGCGAUGUUGCUAUUGCCUGUCUGCUCGGCGCUGAGGAGUGGGGCUUUGCCACUACUCCUCUGAUCGCUAUGGGGUGUAUCUUCAUGAGAAAAUGCCACACGAAUACGUGCCCGGUUGGUAUCGCCACCCAAGACCCUGAGCUCAGAAAGAAGUUCAAGGGUAGUCCGGAACAUGUCAUCAACUUCUUCUACUACAUUGCUAAUGAGCUUCGUGCUAUCAUGGCUAAGCUUGGCUUCAGGACCAUUAACGAAAUGGUUGGUCACGCUGAGAAGUUGAGAGUUCGUGAAGAUCUUCGAACUCCCAAAACUCAAAACAUUGAUUUGUCAUUGAUACUCACACCGGCCCACAAGCUACGACCUGGGGUUGCGACUUUCAAUGUUCGCAAGCAGGACCAUCGUCUCUACGUUAGACUCGACAACAAGCUGAUUUCAGAGGCUGAAUUGACUCUUGACAAAGGAUUGCCUUCCCGAAUUGAGUGCGAUGUCGUUAAUACCGACCGUGCCAUGGGAACUUCGCUCUCGUACCAAAUUUCCAAGCGUUACGGUGAAGAGGGGCUUCCCAUGGACACUGUCCACGUCAAUAUCAAGGGUUCUGCUGGUCAAUCAUUCGGUGCUUUCCUCGCACCGGGGGUCACUUUGGAGCUGGAGGGAGAUUCCAACGACUAUGUUGGAAAAGGUCUUUCAGGAGGACGCCUCAUCAUCUACCCUCCACGCGCAGCCGUCUUCAAGGCAGAGGAGAAUGUCAUCGUUGGCAACGUCUGCUUAUACGGUGCCACCAGUGGAACUUGUUUCUUCCGUGGUGUUGCUGCAGAGCGAUUUGCUGUUCGCAACUCGGGUGCCACCGCUGUCGUUGAGGGUGUCGGUGAUCACGGAUGUGAGUACAUGACUGGAGGUCGUGUGCUCAUUCUUGGAAGCACUGGUCGCAACUUUGCUGCCGGCAUGUCUGGUGGAAUUGCCUAUAUCCUGGAUAUCCAGCAAGACUUCAUGUCUAAGCUUAACCCUGAGAUGGUUGAAGCAUCCGGCAUUGAUGAUCCAACUGAGAUUGCCUACGUACGAGGCUUGAUCGAGGAUCACCACCACUACACCGGCUCCGAACUUGCCGCCCGUAUCCUCCUCGACUUCAACCGAGCCCUUCCACGAUUCGUGAAGGUCCUGCCAGUUGACUACAAGCGUGUUCUCGCCGAAGAGGCCGCUAAGGCAGCUGAGGCCAAGCGAGCUGAGUUCCAGAUGCCAAACAUCCCCGGUCUAGCAAUUCGUGAGCACGAGGAUAAGAUGAAGGAGAAGGCUAAGCACGCGAAGUCCAGCGUGCAGGACAUCGAGGAGUCCAUUGGCGAUUCUGCCGUCGAGAAGAAGAGAUCUCUCGUCUUGGACAAGACCAGGGGUUUCAUGAAGUAUCAACGCCGCUCCGAGAAAUACCGUUCUGCAAAGACGCGAACUCGCGAUUGGGCUGAGCUUUCCAAGCGUCUCGACGAGGAUGAGCUUAAGUACCAAGCUGCUCGCUGCAUGGACUGUGGUGUUCCCUUCUGUCAGUCUGACUCUGGCUGCCCUAUUUCUAACAUCAUUCCCAAAUGGAACGAGCUGGCGUUUCGCGGCUCCUGGAGAGAUGCUCUCAAUCGUCUGCUCAUGACCAACAACUUUCCCGAGUUUACCGGGCGUGUUUGCCCUGCUCCUUGCGAAGGUGCUUGCGUCCUCGGCAUUAACGAAGACCCAGUCGGGAUCAAGUCAAUCGAGUGUGCCAUCAUCGACCGUGGAUUUGACAUGGGCUGGAUGAUUCCUCAGCCACCAAAGGUCCGCACUGGAAAAACCGUAGCCAUCAUUGGAUCUGGACCCGCCGGUCUUGCAUGUGCCGAUCAGCUCAACAAGGCUGGGCACUCGGUCACCCUCUACGAACGCGCCGAUCGUCUGGGUGGCCUUCUCAUGUAUGGUAUCCCCAACAUGAAACUCGACAAGAAGAUUGUCAAACGUCGUACGGACUUCAUGGCUGCGGAGGGCAUCGUUUUCAAGACUGGCGUCGCUAUCGGAGAACAAAUCACCCUUAAUGACCUCAAGGCUGAGAACGAUGCUGUCGUCAUUGCCACUGGUGCUACAGUCGCUCGCGAUCUCCCAAUCAAAAACAGAAACCUUGAGGGUAUCCAUUUUGCCAUGCAAUUCCUCCACAAGAAUACAAAGUCUCUUCUUGACUCUGAGCUUGCGGAUGGUGAAUUCAUCUCGGCUAAGGGCAAGAACGUCGUGGUUAUCGGUGGUGGUGACACUGGAAACGACUGCAUCGGCACCUCGCUUCGUCACGGUGCCAAGUCCGUCACCAACUUCGAGUUGUUGCCACAGCCACCUAACGAGCGUGCCCGCGACAACCCAUGGCCUCAGUGGCCCAGAAUAUACCGUGUCGACUACGGCCACACAGAGGUCAAGCAGCACAUGGGCAAGGAUCCUCGUGAAUUCUGUGUCAUGUCUGAGGAAUUCGUCGAUGACGGAGAGGGCAGAGUCAAGGGCAUUAACACUAUCCGUGUUGAGUGGACCAAGUCUGCUACUGGGGGAUGGGACAUGAAGAAAAUCGAGGGCUCCCAGCAAUUCUUUCCUGCCGAGCUUGUUCUCCUGUCCAUGGGUUUCCUUGGCCCCGAGGACCGCGUUCUUGGUGACGAGGUGGAGAAGGACGCUCGUAAGAACGUCAAGACCCCUCCUGGGAAGUACCACACCAACAUGGAAGGUGUCUUUGCUGCUGGUGACUGCCGCCGUGGACAGUCCCUCAUCGUCUGGGGUAUCAACGAAGGCCGUCAAUCCGCUCGUGAGGUUGAUCUCUACCUUGAAGGAUCUACCGGCCUGCCUGUCACUGGUGGUAUCGUCAAGCAAACCGCCAACGAGAUUCUCGGCAAGCACGCAGCAAAGGAGGUGCAAGGGCGCGCCGAGCGUGCUCCCAUCCAAGUCACUGCUGCCGCAAACUGA